AUGGCGCUGUCUCGGUACUUUCUAUUCUUUCUUCAGCUAAUUCCGCCUAUAUUAUGCCUAACAUGCGUGGAGGAGAUCUCAAAGUCGCCAUACGUUAAUGAUAGCAAACCCAGAACAUGCGAGGGCGACAUGUGUUGGGUGAUGUUUAUGCAGCACGACAAUCGAACGUAUCGCCAAUGUAUGUCGGGUUUUUCCUAUGAGCCGGGUUGCCGUUUGGACUUUUUCGACAACAAACCGUCGAAUUUGGGGUGGCUUUGUAUGUGCAAUCACGCGGAUAAGUGCAACGCGGGUUCUCCCGUGUUCACCCCCGGCCCGGAAAACGUCACUUCAAGCCGUGCGGCUGCCGUUGCCGGAAAAAGCUUACCCACCACCGAUUUCCGGCCCACGAAUUUAUGUUACACUUAUCACCUCGACAGCUCUUCGCAAGUGGCACCUGAUGUCACCGUGCUUCCGGACCCUAGUAAGACACGCCUCGCUUCUAACACGACAAUGACGGCUGAAGUGUGCAUGGUUCGCAUCCCGGAAACGCUGGGAACCUGCAAAUUUUCUACUGGCGAUCCCUGCCUGGAAUCGAAUCAAACUUUCAUCGGCAUCGGCUCACUUCCCUACACCUCCUAUACCAUGAAUCUCCUCGAGGUGGCGAUGAUCGACAAAACCAUGCCGGUAUAUAUGGGCGGAAUCUAUGCAUCCCAAUUUGACACCAAGAACAAGGAGACAUUAAUGCUGUGUGCAGAGACAAAUUGCAACUACUGGACCGACUCCUUUCGCUUGUACGACAAAAAUGUUACGUGCAUGGUUGGAACGGAAAAGAGCAACACGACUUGCAAGGCGCAAUCUUGUAUCCAGGUGGCUGAUGCCACGGGUAAAAUCGUGAAGAACGGGUGUUUCUGGCAAGACGACACGAAAGCGGAGCAUUCUUUUAAGGCUGGAAAAUACUCGCUCUCCUCCUCGACGUUGAUGUAUAUUUGCACCGAGGAUUUUUGCAACGAGGGGUCGAUUUAUCUGGGCUUUACCAGGACGACAAUGCCGCCGACAGCAGCAACUACGUCUCAGGCGCUUGUGACGACUACGAAAAGCGGGAAUUCUUGCGUUAACGGUUAUAUCAGUUUCAUGUUGGUAUUGCAUAGAAUUAUGUGCGCAUGGAUU